AUGAGUGCUACUCUACUACUACAGCUUGUUUUGGCAGGCACACAAAGCCAUUAUGAAAACCGAGGCCUGAUCGACGACAAACGACUCGACCACCUACUCGUCGCCGGCAAACAGAUUCUCUACAAGUCCCACCAAGAAAGCGAUGUGAGGUCUGCCCUCGGCUUCGACCCUCGAGUGUGGGAGAGCCUCACGAAAGUCCUUUCCGUCGCGAUCCCCGCCCUCGAGCAACACUCAUUUGCCUGGAAGAAUCCUCCAGCCUUGAGUUUCAAUGGGAGUAGUUCAGACCUCAUAGCCUCGCAUUACCUCUCGCUCGUCAAGGAUAUUGAACGUCUAAAUGACCUAUGCACCAUUGCUCGCAACCUCCUUGCCACAACCAAAAAGGCGCAGAACUUGGCCUCCGAGAAAGGAUUCGACCAACAGAUUCUCAAACUCAUCGAUGUUUGUGUGAGAGUCACGGCCAGAGGGUUUGAUGGAGAGUCGAAUCCUAGGAAUGAGGAGCGAUGGCAAAAGGUGGUCAAUCUCUACAAGCGACUAUUGAUUACCUGUCUUCAAUUCUUGCACAAUUUUAUCAUGCACAACGAGCAGAGAAAAUUAGUAUUGUGGCUGGAUCUCUUUGGACAAUCUCAAACGGCAGACAGUGAUGAGCUCGUGCUUGCGGAUGAGCAAGAGCUGGAAAUUGAUGAGAAGCUUCAUGCGGCUAAGGAAGACCGAAUCAAAGCCGUGGUCGAGAAACUACCAGAAGGCGCACAACCUGCUUCCAAUGGGAAUCUUGGCUACAGCAUCGACGAUGUCCAUGCUUUGUUCGACUUGAUGAGCACCAACAAGGAUCCGGACGAGCAAACGCAAGAGGCUGCCAAAGUUCUGAUGGAGAAAAUCAGAAGCGAUUUGGAGGCUACGUCCGGUCUGACCUCAAAUCAACUUGACGACAACCCUGAUGCACUUUUGAGAGUUGGUGCCGAACUGCGUGCCCGGAUUCUGGCUAAGGAUGCUACACCAUCAUUAGCAUUAUCUGAUCAAGCAAACCAGCCUCAUUCCCUUGUCAAUGGUGCAGCCAGUGAUCGAGCCCGACCUUCACUUUGGAGCAAUUUACCAGACAUUUCUGCGUACGGUGAUUUCAAGGGAUCCGGCCAGACUAUGACCGAUGAUGACCUGACUAUGCCGAGGACCGCAGAAUCUGCAGCUGCAACCUUGCAAGAAGCGAAGGAUGAACUCAUGGCGCGAUUACACGAAUCUGGACCAUUGAUAGACGAAAAUGGUAUGAUAGAUUACGGUGCUGAAGCAGAACACGAAGGAGAUCUUGAUGAUAGUAUCAUCGAGAGUGCCGAAGACAGUAUAGAGGAAGAAGAUGACGAGGAAGACGACGAUGAUUAUGGCCGUACCGGUGACCAAGAACGAGGACUUCUGACUGAUGUGCCUCUGGUCCUGGGGCCAACCGAAAUCGAAGCUUUGCCUAUGAUCAUCCAAGCCGGCAUCGUAGACAGCUUUGGCUCAAAGGAUGCUGUUCGGCAAGGGGUCAAGAACAUGCAGGCUGUGAGAUGCCAUAUCCUACUUGCACAAGAAGCUGGCCGAAAUGUUCUGAGGGAGCUCCUGAUCUUCAUUGCCGCUUGGGAUCUUCCGGAUGAUGAAUUCUACUUCAAGAUGAUGGUCCAGAUCAUGGAGGCAAUUCUCAAAAAUGGGCUCAUGUCGCAUGCCUAUGCCGACUUUGGACAGCCGAAAGAUAUCAUCUCUCCCGCCCAGGCUGUUGUUGUCAAGAUUCUCACACACAUCUUUCGCGCCAAGUACAGUCCUGCCACUGUUGUCCAGGAAAAUAACCAACCCGUCCAGAAGGCACGAAUCCCCGCGCCGUUGAGCAGAGUGGAUGUCUUGACUGUUCGAUACAUCUUUAUUGUCUUCCGCGGCAACAUCAUUCCUGAGACAUGCGCUCUCAUUUACCUUCAAGGCCAAAUUCGAGCCGGUCGUGCAUUGGCUGAGGAUUUUCCACUUAACUUGUGGGAUAUGGAGAGAGUGUACGAGGGUGUCUAUCAAUUCCUGGAAUUCUUCGCUGUGCUUACGGAAAAUAAUGACUGGAAACGUCUCUUGGUGCAGUGGGAAAUUGUUUAUGAUCUGGUUACCCUGAUCAAAGAGCUCGACACAAGUAUUGGCAAGGUUGCACUUACCAAGUCGAUGCCUCCUCCAACCCCCACAGCCAAUGGCUCAAGUUCUAAGUCUGAGCAACAACCUCGAUCCUCAGUAGCGCCUGUCGCUGUGGAAAGACCAUACGACCUGCCCACAGUGGACAAGGACCUAGCAUCAGUCGAGCAACCUGAUUCCCCGCCAAUGUCGCCCCCUCCACCUGCCGUGACUGAGGAACCAGCCGACUUUGAGUGGCGAAAUCUAAAGAAACUCAUCGUGCUGGUGCUAUCAAGUCUAGUCUGGAAGUCUCCAACAGUGCAGAAUCAGAUUCGUGAAUACGGCGGUGUGGAAACUAUUCUCAGCUGCACACAAUAUGAUGCGUGCAAUCCCUACAUCAAGGAGCACGCAGUCAUGUGCUUGAAAUUCCUCCUCGAAAGCAAUCCCGAGAAUCAGAAGCUAGUGUCCAGCCUCGAAGCACGAGAAGUGGUCCCAGGACCAUCAGGUGGUGAUGCUCUGAGUCGCAUGGGUGUCGAUGUCAGUGUAGGCGACGAUGGAAAGGUAAAGGUCACCAGCAAUUCCCAAGCAAAACAACUCCGCCACCAGGAACGGGAAUCUACGCCAUCUUCGGCCAUAGACAAAGUGUCGAACAAGGCGGCAUCGGACGACGACGCACGACGGAAGCUCGAGAAUCUCGAUUUGAAUGGCAAUGGUUCCAGUGACAUCGAGUUUAUGUAG